AUGGCGAGUAACAACUCAGCUGAUGUAUUAAACAAGUCUCUAGGUUCAGUAGCAGGUGUGGUUAGUGGAGGUGAUGGCAAAGCAGCGGACACUUCACUGCUGAUUGCAACUCAUCUCCUUGUAAUCGUCAUUAUUGGAGGAAUAGGAACAGUCGCUGUCAGUCUAUUUGGCGUUCUCAGCAAUGUCGUCAACUGUCUCGUCUUCUACCACCAGGGUCUGCGAGAUCGCAUGAACCUGUGUCUCUUUUGCCUGGCCCUCGCGGACUUCUGUUUUCUGAUGUGCUCUGCUAUGUACGGCAUUGUAAUAGUCUUUAUUGUAUUUCGUCUUCGAGGGUUUGGCGAGGAGGAGAAUAUGAAGUUCGUUAACUAUGGCGUAGGAAUAGUUCACGCUUUUAGAACUACCUCUGGUCUGUAUGUCAUGGUGAUUGCCGUCGAGCGUUGCGUGUGCGUUGCGUUUCCGUUUCGAGCAUCGUCACUCAUCAGGACGCGAACGAUGGCGAUGUUUCUAUCAGCAAUCGCUUUAAUUUGUCAGCUUGGUUUUAUUUGUCAACCUCUUAAAUUCAACGUGGUUGAAACAAAGAUUGGAGGGGUCAGACAAUGGCGGUUUGCUCCUUCUCCAUUAUGGCUUAACAACAGGGUUGUCAUCGAUAUUAUUGUACACGUUAUCUUCAACAUCAGUGUUCCUCUCAUCACUUUCUUCAUCGUGUCGCUAGCCACAUUCAUCACUGUGAUAAAGCUGGCGUCCGCCAUGGAUUGGCGACGAAAGACGAGUUCUACAAGUACUGAUCAAAACGAGCGGCAGGUGGCGCUGACGAAGACGCUGGUGUUGGCUUCGUGUGUCUACAUCGUGUCUACGACGCCAACAGUCCUGACCAAAGUGGUCCGUGUUUUUGUGGAAGAAUUCUCGGCGUUUGGAGUGUAUGCCCAUCUUGAUGGGAUUUGUAAUGUCAUUGCAGAUAUAUUUUCAGCUAUAAAUAGUUCUGUCUACAUUUUUAUUUAUUACAAGCGUUCAGCACGUUACAGACAGAAGCUGAGAGCUGUACAUAUAUGUAGAAGAUGA